AUGGCGCAUUACCGCGGCUCUGUAUUUUGUUUCGCUUGUCUUUUAUCAAACGCAUUUUGGCCAAUGGUCCGCAGUCCGAGCGCAUUAUCACCGAAUUGACAAGGCCGAUGCGUCACCAGUGCGUGGGCUCCGGACACUAUGAACUACUCCUACUCAGCGCUGUCGCACAAUGGCGGAGGCGGAGGAUUCGGCGGCGUCGACCAGCACAACCGAUGUUGCGGGAACAAGGCUUGGUGCGUCAAGGACAUCUGUGGAAUCGUCUGCGUGGUCAUGACGUGGCUGCUUAUCCUCUUCGCCGAGUUCGUGGUUAUGCGGCUGAUCCUCCUGCCCAGCAACUACACGGUCUUUAGCACCAUCAACAUGAUUAUAUUCCAGGCGCUAGCCUUUCUCGCCUUUGCCUCGCACAUUCGUACAAUGCUCUCGGAUCCGGGCGCUGUACCACGGGGAAACGCCACCAAGGAGAUGAUCGAACAGAUGGGCUACCGCGAGGGUCAAAUGUUCUACAAGUGCCCAAAGUGCUGCAGUAUUAAACCGGAGAGAGCCCAUCACUGCUCCGUUUGCCAGCGGUGCAUCCGCAAGAUGGACCACCACUGUCCGUGGGUCAACAACUGCGUGGGCGAAAGCAACCAGAAGUACUUUGUGCUCUUCACCUUCUAUAUAGCUUCGAUCUCCGUGCACACACUCUUCUUAGUGCUCACCCAGUUCGCGGAGUGCGUGAAAAACGACUGGCGCACCUGCUCGCCGUACUCACCGCCGGCCACUAUUUUCCUGCUGCUCUUUCUCACCUUCGAGGGCCUUAUGUUCGGCAUAUUCACCAUCAUCAUGCUGGCAACUCAGCUGACGGCUAUUCUCAACGAUCAGACGGGCAUUGAGCAGCUGAAGAAGGAGGAAGCCCGCUGGGCCAAGAAAUCACGCCUCAAGAGCAUCCAGUCGGUUUUCGGACGCUUCUCGCUGGCCUGGUUUUCGCCGUUCACGGAACCCUCGUGCCGCACAAGGUUCAACUCGCACUUCUACUCGGUCUGAGAGAGGAAUUUGGAGCACGGACUAGCUUAAUCGAACAAUACUAACCGACUAACGUACAAGGGCAACAAGUAGCCGCCACUUGUUGCACCGCUGAGUGCAAUUUUUUAUUUGGCAAUUGCUAUUUUUCGAUCAAUUGUCAACUAUAUUUACUAUAAAUUGUAUGUGUGUGUUUAGGCCUAAGCAAAGGGAUUAAACAUUCAUUGCCUUAGCUAGGUGGAUAUGUGUACUUACCUGAGAGCCCUACUAAA